AUGAUUAAAUAUUCUACAGAAAGUCCCCAGAAACAUUAUCAUGAUGGUUUAGCCGCUUUUAGAAAAAAAGAAUUCGAAAAAGCACAAACCUAUUUUACGAAGGCAAUCGUAUUAGACCCAAAUAAUAUUCAACUUUAUGAUUCUCGUGCAGCGGCGCGUGAAAAACUUGGACAGCUUACUUCUGCCCUACAGGAUGCUGAAAUCAUGGUGAAUUUAGACAAGACUUCAGCCAAGGGUUACCUUCGUGCGGGUAAAGUGUACCGAUUACUAGGGCAAAAUGCAAAAGCACUAGAUAUUUACAAUAAUGGGAUUAAGGAAGUAAAACCAAACGAUCAAUUGUUACAGAUAUUGCAUAGAUUUGCUAAUGAGAUUAAUGAGAUGCAAGAAAAAUCACAGGAGUCGACUGUUAAUAAAUCCACCAAAACCUGCGACAUAGUAGUAAUGUUUCCAACUGAACUUACUCAUGGGAUUUUCGAAAGUUUACCGCUUGCUAGUCUUUGUAAAGCAUCGAUCGUUUCCAAACGUUGGCGACAUUUUAUUAUAAACUCACAAUCUUUAUGGAAGAAUCUAGAUUUCACACUUAACCGACCAUCCGGUGCAAUUACUGAUCAAGUUGUUAGUACAUAUGUGAAUCGUGGAAAAUUACGAAUUCAGACAUUUAUAUGUCAUAAUGCUGAAAGACUUAGUGAAAGAACUUUAAAGGCUCUUAGAGCGGUUCCAUGUCAUAAUUUAAAAACAUUUGAAUUAACUAAUUCAUCAAUCAAUGAAACUGCAAUAGUUAUAUUCAUUCGUACGAUUGGUUCACAACUAAAAACAAUUAAUCUUUCAAACACUCAGACUUCCGAUAGGGCAGUUAAAACAAUGCUAAUGCAUUGUCCUCAACUUGAAACAUUAAAUUUAUCAUUAUGCAAGAUAACAACUCAAGCAUUCGAUCUAGGAGAUAAGCAAUGUAAAGCAUUAAAAGUUAGAGAACUUGAUUUGAAUGGGUGUCGAAGCAUUGACAAAGCAGUGGUUUCCUUUAUUAUCAUUCUAUUUCCAAAUAUCACGCACUUAAAUAUUCAUGGGAUUUCUGGAAUAACAACGCAUACCCUGGUCAACCUAGCCCAUCUUCCGAAUUUGGAAUGUAUUAGUAUGUUUGGAAAUAUGUAUGAGGAUGGAUUGAGUAUAGAAGAUGCAUUCUUAACAUUCGCAAAGUCUUGUCCACUACUUCGACAAUUUGUUUUGGAAGAGUGUCCAGAUUUGACAGACAACUGCGUCCGACAUUUAGUGGUAUCUUGUGUUAAUCUGGAAGAACUUACCUUGAACGGAAGUUACAAUUUGACAGAUGAAGCGACACAAUAUAUUGGAAAUUAUUGUAAUCGAUUGAAAAUUCUUAGAAUAGGAAAAUCACCAGGUAUUACUGAUUCAGGAAUUAGUGUGAUGUUGGAUUUAGGAUGUGGAUCUUUAUUGGAAAUUAUUGAGUUGAAACAAAAUAAUAUAACCGACAAUUCGUUGAGAAAAUUGGCAGAUUGUUGUGAUAAACUCAAGGUGAUUAACGUCAAUUUUUGUCCCAAUAUAACUGGAAGUGGUGUGGCAUACUUGGUUAAAAAAUGUGGAAAAUUGAUGCAGCAUUUGUCCAUGGUGGAUUGCCCUAACGUUGCUCUUGAUGCAGCCGAUCUUGCUAGGAGGGUGCUUGGACAGCAUGGUGGCACUGUCAAUUACUUGUUUCGUGCUUUACGUUAA